AUGGCCCUGCCUUUUCAGAAUGUUUACCACCUCAGAACCGUGGCUGAAGCUUCUUCCAAAGCGUGCUAUGUCUGUCACAAACCUUCCGUCAAAGUUCUCAUCACGCCCGACAACAAGGACUUCUUCUACAUUUGUGUUUCCCACCUCAACGAUAGAGGUUUUGCAUCGCCCAUUGUAGACGCCGAGGCAGAAGCCGCAAGGAAGAAAAAGGAGCAGCUCGACAAAGAAAUUGAAAAGAUCAAGCAAGAGUACGAAGAGAAACAGCGCAAGAAGAAGGCCAAGAAAAAGGCCAAAGACGAUGACAAAGACAAGAAGAAGGACGACGAUGAUGAUGACAAGGCUGAGAAAGAAAGAGAUGACAAGAUCAAAGCAAUCCAGUCUGGCGCAGGCGCCACUGACAAUCCCGUGGACACACCUCGCGUAUACGCUCUGCAUAGACACUUCUUCCAGAUGCGAAUCGACCGUUUACGCAACUUGGAAAUUGCGAAGCGAAACCAACAACGAAUCAAGGAUCCAUCCUUCUUUCCUGCCGCACCGAGAGGGGAUGUUCAAUGA